AUGGUUCUUCUCAGCACAUUAGGCCUCGGCCCCUGUUCGGGAAUCGUACGCAAGUUCCUGGAGGAGCCACCUGGGGGGUGGUUCUUCCGACACAUUGGGCCUAGGUCCCAUGAGAAGGGCUCGCCUCUGCUGUCCCCAAAGAACAGAACCGAAAUUUCCAAGUCACCUCUCUCGCCAGCGAGGGGUGUCGACUGCAUUUCAAGAUCGCCAUCCCCAAGGGCACGCGUUUUCAGCAAGAGCGAGAGAGCCUAUCUUACGCAAGUGGCAGAGGAGAUGAUUGAUAGCGGACUGUUUACAUGGGCGCCCACGGGGGCUCGUGUCAUCUCCGGAGAGGGAUCGGAGGCUUCACCUUUCCUUGUGAACGUCCCGCCAUGGAGCUCAACGGGGGCGAAGAUCCGGUCCGGCGAUGGAUCCGAAAAUGCACCCUUCAGUAUUGAUGAGGAGAGCGAUGUCGAAGAUACGGACAAAGAGCGUACCGACGUUCGCGGUGCCGUCGGGGGGCUGACGACACCCUCGCCGUCGCGGAAGAAGAGUGACAGUAAUGUGGCCGUCGUUGAAGACCUCCUAUCUGAUCUGAUAUCAUCAACCAAUCCGCUUUCCACAAUCGAAAAGCUCCGGAUAAUUUUCGACAUCACCGCGAAACCGACAACGCCCGCAGACGUCCGCACCACGUUUGGAGACAGCUACAAUGCUGUGGUGAACGGCAUACCGUGCAAGAUCCAAUCUUGGCUCACGUUGUUCGACGACUUCGAGGUGGAGGUGUUGACCGUUGCCACUCCGAGCUGCCGGCGAGAGGAGGAGUACCCGCGAGAGGAGGGGCUGUCGGUUAGAGGAGGAGUGCCGGCAAGAGGGGGAGCUGCCGGCGAGAGGAGGAGUACCGGCCAGAGGAGGGCUGUCGGUAAGAGGAGUAGUACCGGCGAGAGGAAGGACUGUCGGCAAGACGAGGAGCACCAGCGAGAGAAGGGGCUGUCGGUAAGAGGAGGAGCUGUCCGCAAAGAGGAGAACGUGAAGGAGGAUUCCUGGCGGCGGCGGGAGAAAACGAAUGUGUCACUCAAGAUGAAGGGCAUUACCACUGAGCCUCUGGCUGGACGUGACAGUAAUGUGACCGCCGUUGAUGAUGACAGCGAUGACGAGAUCGUAAUGUUCAACAUGCCCGCGAAGCCUACAACGUCCGUAGACGUCCGCACCACGUUUGGAGACAGCUACAAUGCUGUGGUAAACGGCACCCCAUGCAGGAUCCCAUCCUCGCUCACUUUUGAGGAGUUCGAGGUCGAGGUGUUGGCCGUCGCCGGGCGCUCGACCCCGGAUAUGAUGAUUUGGUACCGCAGCUCCUUCGACAAUCACGAGUUGCUAAUCUACGACUCGGUAUUCGAGAAAUACCUAUACAAGCUCGUUCACGGGUACAUCAAGAAGCUCGACGGCGCAGUGGUACUGUCCGUAUUGACCCCCACUGAAUCAUUUCAAGAACCAGGUUCUCCUCCCCCGUCUCCGAAGAAGAAAGGUUCGCCUCUGUCGUCCCCCAAGAAGAAGGGUUCGCCUCUGCCGUCCCCAACGAACAGAAACAGAAUUUCGAAGGCGCCUCUUUCGCCAGCGAGGGGUGUCGACUGCAUUUCAAGAUCGCCAUCCCCAAGGGCACGCGUUUUCAGCAAGAGCGAGAGAGCCUAUCUUACGCAAGUGGCAGAGGAGAUGAUUGAUAGCGGACUGUUUACAUGGGCGCCCACGGGGGCUCGUGUCAUCUCCGGAGAGGGAUCGGAGGCUUCACCUUUCCUUGUGAACGUCCCGCCAUGGAGCUCAACGGGGGCGAAGAUCCGGUCCGGCGAUGGAUCCGAAAAUGCACCCUUCAGUAUUGAUGAGGAGAGCGAUGUCGAAGAUACGGACAAAGAGCGUACCGACGUUCACGGUGCCGUCGGGGGCCUGACGACACCCUCGCCGUCGCCGAAGAAGAGGGGUUCUCCUACGCCAUCCCCAGAGAAGAAUGGCUCGCCUCCAUUGUCCCCCAAGAAGAAGAGUUCGCCUCCCACGUCCCCGAAGAAGAAGGGUUCCCCUACGCCGUCCCCCAAGAAGAAGGGUUCACCUCCGCUAUCCCCGAAGAACAGCAACAGAAGUUCCAAGUCAUCUCUUCCGCCAGCGAGGGGUGUCGAUUCCACCUCAAGAUCCCCAUCUCCGAGGGCACGCGUUUUCAGCAAGAGCGAGAAGGCCCACCUCGCGAAUGUGGCCAAGAAGAUGGAUAACAGACCGUCCACACCAACGGGCGCGAAGAUCCAGUCCGGUGACGGAUCCGAGGCCGCUCCGUUCACUAUUGACGAGUAA